AUGGCUUCCUCUGAAUCGCACCAGCAUGCCAAUUGCGUAUCGAUGUCACAUCACAACACUAUUGUGAUCGGUGCUGGCAUGGGUGGCAUAAGGAUGUUGUAUGAUCUCAAAAAAAGAGGCAUCGAAGGUAUAUGUUUCGAGGCCGGUGCAGGUAUUGGCGGAACGUGGUACUGGAAUCGUUACCCAGGAGCUAGAGCAGAUAGCGAGAGUUGGGUGUACGUACUCACAUUCCUGGAGGAAAUUGGUGUGGACUACAAGUGGAAAGAACGGUUCCCCAGUCAGCCGGAGCUCGAGCGUUAUCUCAAUGAAGUUGUAGACCAUCUCGGACUUCGAAACAACUUCGUCCUCAAUACCCGCAUUGACUCGGCACAUUUUGACGACUCGAGAAACAUCUGGCAUGUAACAACCUCUCAAGGUCAAAUUUAUACUUGUGACUUCCUUGUCGCUGCAACUGGUCCUUUGUCGACGCCAUUGAAGCCACCAUUCCGAGGUCUUGAGAACUUCAAGGGAGACUAUUACCAAACAGCACUAUGGCCAGACCAAAAGGUGGAUUUUGCUGGUAAGCGGGUUGGCAUCUUCGGAACAGGAGCGACAGGUGUGCAACUAGUUCCAGUGAUUGCACACGCCGCCAAAAAGCUGACUGUCUUUCAACGCACGCCUAACUAUGUGCUUCCUGGGAGAAACUUCGUCUUCUCAGAGGAUCAAGAACGGGAGCUCAAGCAAGAUUUCAAGGGGAUAGCUAAGCGGGUGAGGGCACAGCCAUUUGGUGGAGAUAUAGGAUCAACAACUCGAACUUUCCUGAAUGUGAAGGACAAAGAAGCCCUUAACCAAGCUUUCGACUACGGUUGGGAGCAAGGAGGAUUUCGAUAUAUCUUUGAGACUGUCAAUGACAUGCUUACUAACAUGGACUGUAACGAGGCAGCCAGCGAAUUUCUCCGGAAAAAGAUUCGAGCGCUUGUCCAUGACCCUGCAACGGCCGAGAUGCUGUGCCCGUAUUACCCGCUCAUGUCGAAGCGGCCACCUCUUGGACACUUCUACUACGAGACGUUCAAUAGGGCCAACGUCGAGCUGGUGGAUAUCAAGAAGGAGCCAGUCGUUGAAAUCACCCCCAACGGUGUACGAACUCUAGCAAGAGAGUUUGACUUGGACAUAAUCAUUUUUGCAAUAGGCUUUGACGCGGUGACUGGCACACUUGACUCCAUCGACAUCCGUGGGACCAAUGGUAAGCCAUUGAAAACGCAUCUAGAGACCAAUCUUGCCACCGCCUACGGCAUUACCACUGCUGGAUUUCCCAAUCUUUUCAUGGUUCUUGGCCCUCAGACAGUGUGGGCUAAUCUUCCCGUUGUCAUCGACAACACCGUCGACUGGAUUGGCAGAACAAUAUCUCAUAUGCGCGGAAGUGGCCACAAACGCAUAGAAACGAAGAGUGAACUUACGGAGAAAUGGAAGGAGGAGGUUGACAAGCAGUUUUGGGGUACGCUGUUAGGGCAAGGUGCAAGAGCCACCGGAGCGUGGCACGUAGGUGGGAACGUGGAGGGCAAGCCUGUCCGCUGCUAUUGGUAUUUUGGUGGGGUUCCAACUUAUAUCGAAUAUUGCGAAAAGGAGAUCGAGUCUGGCUAUCCGGGCUUCACCUUUUCCAAUGCAGUUGAAGCGCAUUAA